AUGGCUGCCGGUUUUGAGGUUCUGGAGGAACAACUUAUCAACGACUGGAAAACGGUUCUUUCUGAAGGCGUCACCACCAAAACUAUUCGUGCAUUUUAUCCAGUUGCUGAUCUUUUGGAGGAAGAAAUAAAUGCUCUUGUUGAUGCAAGUUCGAGUAAUUCACGUGUUGUAUUACUCGAUUUUCCAGCACCUUCAAAACCGUUUAGGCAGAGGCACAAAUGGUCGUCUUCUUGGACGUAUAUGGCAGAUGGAAUUCUAUCGUGCCUCAAUGCAAAUUUUAUUUACGCUUCUGUAGAUGCUGGAGCAUGCUAUGGAUCAAAGGGUUACAUAGAUUUUUAUGUAGAUGAUAAGAAAAAAUGGGCUAUUGAAUUGUUACGAGAUGGAGAUAGAUUGCUAGAACAUCAAUAA